AUGGUACCGUCCCAGGAGGAUCCCGCGGCGGCCGCCGCUGCCGCACGGGAGACGAGCGAGGCGCAGCCGCCGGGGCCCGCGCCCUCGGAUGACGCUCCGCUGCCCGGCCCGGGACCCUCGGAUGGCUCCGACGUGGCCGCAGAGAAGGUGGAGGUGGAGCUGUCGAGGUCAACGGGCGACGAGCCCCCCGUGCCCCCCGAGGGCGGCUGGGGCUGGCUGGUGAUGCUGGCGGCCAUGUGGUGCAACGGAUCUGUGUUUGGCAUCCAAAAUGCCUACGGGGUGCUCUUCGUGUCCAUGCAGGACACCUUCGGGGCCAAGGACAGUGACAACAUGGCCUUCAAGACAGCGUGGGUAGGCUCGCUGUCCAUGGGCAUGAUCUUCUUCUGCUGCCCCAUAGUCAGCGUCUUCACGGACAUGUUCGGCUGCCGGAAAACAGCCGUCGUGGGCGCUGCCGUGGGCUUCAUCGGACUCAUGUCCAGUUCUUUCGUAAGCUCCAUCGAGCCUCUGUACCUUACCUAUGGAAUCAUAUUUGCCUGCGGCUGCUCCUUUGCAUACCAGCCUUCACUGGUUAUCUUGGGACACUACUUCAAGAAACGUCUCGGACUAGUUAACGGCAUCGUCACGGCCGGCAGCAGCGUCUUCACAAUUUUGCUCCCUCUGCUUUUAGGGAAUCUGACCAAGAGCGUGGGCCUCUUGCACACACUGAGAGUCCUCUGCGUCUUCAUGUUCGUUCUCUUUCUGGCUGGCUUUACUUACCGACCUCUUGUUUCCAGUGCCAAAGAGAAAGAGAGUGAGAGCAGCAGAUUCUCCCUCUUUUCCAGGAGAAAGUUUAGUCCUCCAAAAAAAUUUUUCAAUUUUGCCAUCUUCAAGGUGACAGCUUAUGCAGUGUGGGCUGCUGGAAUACCACUUGCACUUUUUGGAUACUUUGUGCCUUAUGUCCACUUGAUGAACCAUGUAAAGGAAAGAUUCCAAGAUGAGAAGAACAAGGAGGUGCUUUUUAUGUGCAUCGGCAUCACUUCCGGAGUUGGACGCCUUCUCUUUGGCCGCAUUGCAGACUAUGUGCCCGGAAUAAAGAAGGUUUACCUGCAGGUCCUCUCCUUUUUCUUCAUCGGCCUGAUGUCCAUGAUGAUCCCCCUGUGCAGUGUCUUCGGGGCCCUCAUUGCUGUCUGCCUCGUCAUGGGUCUCUUCGAUGGAUGUUUCAUUUCCAUCAUGGCCCCCAUCGCCUUUGAACUAGUUGGUCCUCAGGAUGCUUCCCAGGCAAUUGGAUUUCUGCUUGGAUUCAUGUCUAUACCCAUGACUGUAGGUCCUCCAGUUGCAGGGUUACUUCAUGACAAGCUGGGCUCCUAUGAUGUGGCCUUUUACCUUGCUGGAAUCCCUCCCUUUAUUGGAGGCGUUGUGCUUUGUUUAAUCCCGUGGAUCCACAGUAAGAAGCAAAGAGAAAUCGGUAAAAGCGCUGGAGGGGAGAAGACGGAGAAAAUGCUGGAGAACCAGAGUUCUCUACUGUCAAGCUCCUCUGCUUUCUUCAAAAACCAAUCUGACUCUGUUAUUUAAGGCCCUACAUACCUCCACCUGACUGGAUUUGCUUUUGAAGUUUUCCUUUUCUAUGAACUGCAAAUUUCUUAUUUUUUUAAUCAUUUUUGGAAUAGCACAAAUGGAAAACAGAACCUUUAUUACUACAGGAACCAUUUUCUCUCCCCAAACAGCUUUGAUAUUUCCAGGGAUCUGAGGGAAGAGACUGUUACAGGCAAACGUCAAAGCCAUCUCAGUGACAAGCAGCCUUGGAAGCCGUGGGCUCUGUGUAGCCGGCACAGAUGCACACAGUGUACUUGGAGCUACGCGGAAGGGUAGCAGUUUGGUUCAUACCGGAAGUAUUUUGUUGGUUGCUUCAUUUGGUGUUUUUAGUUCCAGUGUUUUAGUUUCUUCUGCAUUUUGGAACUUUCUGCAAAAAUUUAAGCCUGGAUCCUAGAUAAUAACAGGCCAACCUAAGCCUCAAGUCUGUUAAAUGAUUUAAGCUAUAAUAAAGCUGGGCGAUUCUGACAUGCUCCAGUGUCAAGGGACCUCCUAGGAGCAGAAGCUAAUAAAUACCCAGAAUGGAGAUGAAGGAGUCCUCUCAUAGGCAGCAAUCAGGCGUUUCCUCCCCUAGCCUUUGUCCUCUUUGGUUUGUAGUGUGUUUUACUCCAGUAGCCAGAAACACCCCAAAUUUCUGAUUUUAUGUAAACAAUAAAGUAAAAUAGAAUGUAUAAAAGACAUCCUGGCAAUUUUAACAGAAUUCUUCUGACUUCUGGAUUUAUUAGCACUGUAUUGUAAAUGUCGUAUUAAGCAUGUUAUCAGCUGGUGUAAUGGGCACAGAUUGGAGGUAGUGCAGAACUAUUUUACCCAUAUAUAUCUGAUAGAAAUAAUUGCUCAAAUUGACUUACGGAAUUAAUGGUUCUAAAAGGUUAGAUAUACUUAUAAAAUGAAACAAUUCCUAAAUUUUCAAAUUUUUUUUUAGCAAAAAUUUGCAUUUGUGUGUACAGUCAGUCCCAGUGACAGGGACACAUUGGGAAGACUGACGGCUGAUGCUCUCAUUGUCUAGAUAGACAUCAUAGAGUUUACUUGCAGAAACUCUCAGAUGCCGUUGUAACCAGUUGAUGGAAUCUUGUUGGUGCAGUAUCACGUAUGUUCCUCUUUGACUAGAAAAUCAAUAUUGUAUUUAAUAUGCCAUGUGCUCCUUAUUAAUUUCCACCAUUUCCCCCCGUUUAUGUCUAGACUGCAGAAAGCAAGGUAUUAGCUUUGAGGACCUAAAAUUAAAAUCAAAGUCAGGCCAUGACCCAUGACUCGUUUAUGAAAACAGGAACACAUUCCUCUAUCUUUGAAAUUAUAUUUCAGACCUCUAAAGGUUAAAAUGCAAAGUGUAUUUAAAUCAUUAGCCUAGAUGACUAUUAAGUCAUAGUUGAAUGUAGCUUGUUUGUUCAUGUGAAACGUGUGUUAUCUUCCCUAAGCACUUCCAGGAUCCUUCUGUUUCUAAGUUAUCUGGAAGGUGAGAAACAACAUUAUUAUCUCUCUGCCUGGCUUCCCCCCUCUGUUGCUCUGAAAGGCCAUCCUUCCUCUCUCCAUCCAGCUAGGGAUGGGGCCACCUGGAGAGGACACAGACUUGUGCUUGGUGGGAGGGAGGGCAGAGGGUGGAGGGAGGCUAUCACUGAAGGCUGGAAAAUACAACAACUUUUCCUCUUAAUAGCAGCUUACUCACCUGGCAUCGUGGAAGAUAACAGCCUAAAUGCUAAGUGUACAACUUAUUUUAACGGGGGUUUGAAUAACUGUAAUUUAUUUAUUAUUUAUUUAUUAUGACAUGGAAUCUAAGUAGAACAGAUUGGCCUUCAACUCUAUUCUGUUGCUUCAGACUUGUGCAGGGAUCGCAGGGGUGUGCUGCCAUGUGUGGCAAUAAUUUUGAUUUUGGAGGUAUAGGCUUACUAUGCUAUACACACAGUUGUGUUCUUUUUAAGGCAAGGUCUCACUAAGGACCCCAAGCUGGCCUGGAACUCACUUUGUAGCCCAGGCUGGCCUCGAACUCACAGAAUUCCUUUAGGUUUUUGGAAACAGUCUUGAGUGUGGGCCCGGAGAAACUGGAACUUGAGGUCCUCCUGCUCCAGCUUCCUAAGUGGAGGAAGCACAGGCGUGUGCCACUGUGCCCAGCUUCAGCUUACUAUUGCCAGUUGUUUUUUCUGUUUUAAAUGGUCUUUGGCAAUUUGUUUACAAAAGGUUCUCUUUCAGGAAACACAUACACA